AGUGUGUCAGUAGGGACGGGGCGUGGAUGCAUUGAGCCGCGGCGGCCCCGGGCAGUGGGUUCUCCGGGGACAGCGGUACCUACCGAGGAGCGGUGGGGCGAUGGCGGCGGCUGGCGCGGAGCUGCAGGGGAAGUACCAGAAACUGGCUCAGGAGUAUUCGAAGCUUCGAGCUCAGAAUCAGGUGCUGAAAAAAGGUGUCGUGGAUGAGCAAGCAAAUUCUGCUUCUCUGAAGGAACAACUGAAGAUGAAGGACCAAUCAUUGAGAAAACUGCAACAAGAAAUGGACAGUUUGACAUUUCGAAAUCAACAGCUUGCAAAGAGGGUGGAAUUGCUUCAGGAUGAACUCACUUUAAGUGAAGCCAAAGGCAAGAAGAACAAGAAAAGUGGAGACUCUUCAUCUCAGUUGAGUCAAGAGCAGAAGAGUGUCUUUGAUGAAGAUCUUCAAAAGAAGAUAGAGGAGAAUGAACGAUUACAUAUACAAUUCUUUGAAGCAGAUGAGCAGCACAAACGUUUGGAAGCUGAGCUGAAAAAUAGACUUGAGGUUUUGGAAACAGAUGCUGCCCAGCAUCAAGCAGUGGUGGAUAGUUUAACCCGGAAAUACAUUGAUACUAUAGAAAAACUGCAGAAUGAUAAAACCAACUUAGAAAUCAAGUCUCAGACACUAGAAAGAGAAGCUAAGGAAUGUAGAUUUCGAGCAGAAGAAUGCCAGCAGCAGUUAAAGAACCUUCAUGCGGAUUUGGGUAGGCGAUUGGAUGACUCUCUAUGCAUAAUCAAUGAAAAAGUACCUUUCAAUGACACAAGAUCUAUUCAAUAUAAUGCUCUUAAUGUACCAUUACACAAUAGAAGAUGUCAGCUGAAGUUGCGGGACAUUGCUGGUCAGGCUUUGGCUUUCGUUCAGGAUCUUGUGACAGCACUUCUGAACUUUCAUACUUACAUGGAACAGAGAGUCCAGAUUUUCCCCAUUGAUUCUGCCACUGAUACUAUAUCGCCAUUAAAUCAGAAGUUCUCACAGUAUCUUCAUGAAAAUGCAUCCUAUGUUCGCCCUCUGGAGGAAGGAAUGCUUCACUUGUUUGAGAGUAUUACAGAAGAUACUGUGACUGUGCUGGAAACAACUGUGAAAUUGAAGGUCUUUUCUCAACAUUUAACUUCCUACACAUGUUUUCUCAGGAAGAUUCUUCCUUAUCAGUUAAAAAGUUUGGAAGAAGAGUGUGAAUCUUCUCUUUGCACAGCUGCUUUAAGAGCCAGGAAUCUGGAGCUCCACAAUGAUAUGAAGAAGAUUACUGCAGUCUUUGAGAAGUUACAUGUGUAUAUUAGUCUUAUUGUCUUACCAAGUAUAAAACCAGAAGGCCUGCUUCGGACAAGUUACAGUUCAGUAUUCACACACAUUGCUGCAGGUCUUCAUGGAUUUCAUAAUGUUAUGAAAGAAGUUUCCAAACACUACAGUCAGAAAGCUGCCUUAGAACAUGAGCUUCCAACAGCCACACAGAAACUUAUAACAACAAAUGACUGCAUCUUGUCCUCAGUAGUGGCUUUAACAAAUGGAGCAGGCAAGAUUGCCUCAUUCUUUAGCAACAACUUAGACCACUUCACAGCUUCAUUGAGCUAUGGGCCUAAGGGAGGGACAGAGUUCAUCAGCCCUCUAUCAGCUGAAUGUAUGCUCCAGUACAAGAAGAAAGCAGUUGCCUACAUGAAAUCUUUAAAAAAGCCCUAUUCAGAUUCAGUGCCUUAUGAAGAGGCUUUGGCCAAUCGCAGAGUUCUUCUGAGUUCCACAGAAAGUAGAGAAGGUCUUGCACAACAGGUCCAGCAAAGUUCGGAGAAGAUUGCAAAACUGGAACAGGAAAAGGAACAUUGGAUGCUUGAGGCCCAGCUAGCCAAAAUUAAGUUAGAGAGAGAAAACGAGAAGCUAAAGAGCUCACUUAGUGGACAGUUGAUUGAGCCUAUGCCAGAAAAUUCUGUUUUGCUGAAUGCAGCCGAACGAGAGAAGGAAGUAUCCAUAAAAAAGACUUCAGGGGAGCCUGUUAAAAAAAUGAGUCUGAUUGGAAUGUUGACUAUGACUACUGGCAGCAAAGAGAUGAUUAGAACAAAUAAAACAUGACUGGCAGUCACACCAAAUGUUAUGUUUUAGUGGUACUAAAGAAGUAAAGUUAGCAUUUCUUAUCACAGCAUGAACCUUGGGCUAAGAUGCAAUGUUUUUCCCUCUCUGUGAUCCUGCAGAGGGCAGUUCUGUUGACAUUAAUAGUAAGGUUACUAAAAGCUGUUGGAAGAUGAGAUGGGGUUUAAGUGCACUGAGUGCUUCUUUAUAAAAGACGUGUUUAGCCAUGUGACUUAGUUGUAUAAGAAUUCUUUAAAAUAAAAGUCUGUAUAGUGUGAACCUCAAAACUUAAAUUUAAGAGGGUGCAAAUGUAUUAUGAAAGUUGCCCCAAGCUGGUGAUUCAUUGUUGUCUAGAGAAAAGUGGCAUUUCUGCAAUUAAAGUCAGAUUUCUUUAAUCAGUCUUCUGAAAAUGCACAUGCAGUUUUGAAAAUGUGGCUCCUAAUGUCCAUGGGCUGCUAAUGUUGUGGCCAUCUUUGAGAAUUCUGUCUUUGCUGGAGAAUCCAAGGUAACAAUUGUGUGGUGAGAAGGGGACAGUAGGUCAUCCUCAAGAAUUUGCAUUCUCGCCAGAAAUCAUUUAAUGUAAAUUGUGACUGUUUUAUAUUCUACUACUUACUCAACUCUCUGCAUAAAAUAUAACCUUGAGUUUUAUCAUUGUUUUUCAGAAGACUCAAGGUAAUAGUGUUGUCUGAUAUCUGAUAAGACUGCUUUUAUUUUAUAAAUGUGUGUGCUCUAAGAAGUGCCAAGCUCAAUCAAAUUUUACAUGCUAUAUAAAUAGUCUAUCCCAUUUGGACAACUUGCCACUUAAAAAAAAAAUAUUUCCUGUAUAAAGACCUAGGUUAUGGCUCUCGUAAAGAUAAAGUCCUUUUAAUUGUUUGAUCACAUGAGCUCUCACUCUUCAGGCUCCAGAGGCUAAGUCCCGUGAAGACUUGAUAAAAAAUCACUAUAUGGCAAGGAUAGUAGAACUUACGUCUCUUCUACAGCUGGCUGACA